GAACUUUUAUUUACAUUUCUUAAAGUUUACGCCUACACUAAAUGUGACACUUAAUGUGAGACGGAGGUGGUAUGUUUCACUUAUAAUGGAACAGAGGGAGUACAACAAGAUUUCCUUGGCAACAAGUUUUCCGGCAAAUUUAUGUUUUUAGAGGGAGUACAACAAGAUAUCCUGGCAACAAGUUUUCCGGCAAAUUUAUGUUUUUCGUUUAAUUUUAAAAUAUUUUCGUCAGAUAUAAAAAUAAAAACAGUACUGAAUAUUGCAGCGGGGGUUUAACAAGAGGUUUUAGCACACGCAACCGAAUCCGACCUCCUCUCCGGCCGCCGCCAGUCGCUUACCAUGGCUUCCUCUAACUCCACUAAACCCCACCAAUCCGAUUCCGACCAGCAACCGCAGAUCCCCGAAUCAAGAACCCUAAUCCAUGAAACCCUCGAUCCACCAGCAGAUACAAAGACUGCCGGAAUUCAAGAAAAUCCGAAAGCAGAAGAGACCCCUUUGGAAGAUGGAGAUGCGGAAGGGGAAGAAGAAGAGGAGGGUGAAUGUGGGUUCUGCUUGUUUAUGAAAGGGGGUGGAUGUAAAGAGACAUUUGUGGAGUGGGAGAAGUGUAUCGAGGAAGCAGAGAAGAAGGAAGAGGAUGUAGUGCAGAAGUGUUUCCAGGUGACUACAGCUCUUAAGAAGUGUAUGGAGGCGCAUUCAGAUUAUUAUGCACCGAUUCUGCAGGCGGAGAAGUCUCUCGAGGAGGAGGCGGUGAAGCAGUUGGAGGAGGAGAAGGAGAAGGAAAAAUUGAGCGGGGAAGAAGAUUCGGAGAAGAAGGAAAAGGAGCAAGUUUUUUAGGGGAUAUCCAAAGGCGACUUCUGGAAGGCUGUCAUUCUAUCCUCAUGUAUAAAGGAGUUACUGUGUGCCUUCAAGAUAUUUAGCAUCUCUAAUUACUUACUUUUCUGCUUAUAAGAAAUAUCAGGGUCUACUUUUCUUCCUCAUAUCACGCACUAUUGAGCUUUCUUCUACACAUCUCACGUCUCUUGAGGGGCAGAUUUAUAUCAUGUCAAUGCACGCCAUUUUGACAAUGGCUACUUGAUACUUAGGUCUUGAAUGAUGCAAGGAAUACAAGUGAACUGUGAAACUUU